AUGUUCGUGAAAAGUAAAGCUAAAGGAGCGUGCUACGCGUUAUUUCAAGUGAGCGUGGAUUUUUUCAUGAAUAGCCCUAUAUGUUUCAUUACAGUAAACGCCUUCUUGACUGUGUCCCUUAAGUUGCAGCAGGCGGAAGUAAACAAAGUAGAGUCGCUCGAAAUAAACCAGACACGAUUAAACUCGGCCGAAGGAAAUAUAGUGGCCUUAUUUCACCAAAUCCAGCGGGAGCGCCUGCAGCUCCAGCUCCAACUCCAGAGCGAAAAAGCCGCCGCCCCCCAGUGCGAGCCGCUCACGGCGCCCCCCUUCGACGCCGUCCACCCGUCGAACGAGAACCAAGAGAACAGCAGCAACUCCAUCACUUGCGACGUGUGCGAGAAGAUCCUCAGCUCCCGCUCCAACUACAUCAGCCACCUCAAGACCCACAUCUUCGACAACUUCUGCCGCGUCUGCUGCAACAGCUACAACACGAAGUUCAAGCUCAACAGCCACUUCACGUGCCACAAGGCCGGCGAGGACUCCCCCCAGCAGUACGUCCAGUGCGACUUCGACAACUGCCAACAGAGGUUCCCCUCCAAGCUCCAGCUCCACAACCACAAGUACGCCCACUCCAACGUGGUCAAGUUCAAGUGCGAGACCUGCGGCGUGGAGUUCGUCAAGGAGGCCGCCUUCGAGAUCCACAAGCAGAAGCACCGAAAGCGGAUAGUGUGCAAGAUCUGCAAGAAGGAGUUCUCGAGCAAGAAGACGCUGAGGGACCACAAGAGGAUCCACACCGGGGAGAAGCCGUUCAAGUGCCAGGUGUGCAACCAGCGGUUCCGGUGCCAGAGCGGACUCAAGUACCACGAGGUGACGCACACGAACGAGAAGAAGUACAGGUGCGAGCUGUGCGGGGUGAGCUUCCUGAGGUCGAACUACCUGAAGGAGCACCUGAGGAUACACUCCAAGGAGAAGCCGUUCGAGUGUCCGCACUGCAACGAGAAGUUCAUACAGAUGGGGGUGCUGAAGCGGCACGAGCAGAGGAUGCACGUGACGUGCGACGAGUGCGGGGUGAUGGUGGGGAAGAGGGUGGACCUGAAGGAGCACAAGUGGACGUGUCAUACUCUGGUGCUGAAAAAUUAUCUAGUUUACGAGUUGUUAGUACACGAUUUGGAAAACUCUAGUUACCCGCCCCCCUUCGACGCCGUCCACCCGUCGAACGAGAACCAAGAGAACAGCAGCAACUCCAUCACUUGCGACGUGUGCGAGAAGAUCCUCAGCUCCCGCUCCAACUACAUCAGCCACCUCAAGACCCACAUCUUCGACAACUUCUGCCGCGUCUGCUGCAACAGCUACAACACGAAGUUCAAGCUCAACAGCCACUUCACGUGCCACAAGGCCGGCGAGGACUCCCCCCAGCAGUACGUCCAGUGCGACUUCGACAACUGCCAACAGAGGUUCCCCUCCAAGCUCCAGCUCCACAACCACAAGUACGCCCACUCCAACGUGGUCAAGUUCAAGUGCGAGACCUGCGGCGUGGAGUUCGUCAAGGAGGCCGCCUUCGAGAUCCACAAGCAGAAGCACCGAAAGCGGAUAGUGUGCAAGAUCUGCAAGAAGGAGUUCUCGAGCAAGAAGACGCUGAGGGACCACAAGAGGAUCCACACCGGGGAGAAGCCGUUCAAGUGCCAGGUGUGCAACCAGCGGUUCCGGUGCCAGAGCGGACUCAAGUACCACGAGGUGACGCACACGAACGAGAAGAAGUACAGGUGCGAGCUGUGCGGGGUGAGCUUCCUGAGGUCGAACUACCUGAAGGAGCACCUGAGGAUACACUCCAAGGAGAAGCCGUUCGAGUGUCCGCACUGCAACGAGAAGUUCAUACAGAUGGGGGUGCUGAAGCGGCACGAGCAGAGGAUGCACGUGACGUGCGACGAGUGCGGGGUGAUGGUGGGGAAGAGGGUGGACCUGAAGGAGCACAAGUGGACGUGUCAUACUCUGGUGCUGAAAAAGUGACUCGAUGUUGCGGAGUUUUGCGUUUUCGUUUUGGAAAACAGUGAUAUAUGUAUUUAGUUACACGUUUCAGGGAUUUUUCGUUUUUGUACAAAGCUGGAUGUCUCGCUGUGUGCUGAAAUAUAUGAUGCGGCUGUAACGAACGACUGUUUUAUGGACACCCUCACACAUUUUAUCUACCAGCAUCUGGGGUGAACACUCUAUCGCUCUAAAUUCCGCCAAUUCUUAGUUAUCUAGUUUACGAGUUGUUAGUACACGAUUUGGAAGUGUUGUUUACCUCUCGGAGCACACCUAUAAAACCCUUAAUAGAAUAGAGUACGAAACAAGCGGUCUGCGGUUUCCGUCCGUCUGUCUGUCUGAUUGUUGCGAUCUCCAAAAUUUACAACACUUUUAUAAAAAUAAAAAUUGUG